CAAUGAUAGUUCACUUCCCCACACUUUCUAUUCCACAUGGUCAUUCUUGCCCCAAAUUCUGCUGAGUCUAUAAUGGCUGAGAUGAGAGUUGAAACACCAUUGGCUGCAAUCUGUAGCACCAACUUCAAUUCCAAUCUCACCAUUCUUCGUCCUAUCAGUCGCCCUUUCAUCAAGGUCCGCGUGACUUCAGUGUGGAGGAUUCCCUUCGUGGCUAACAAUCCAGGAGCAUAUUACUUGGACAUGAUCCUUAUUGAUAGAAUGGGGACCAAGAUACAAGCAUCUGCUUGCAGGAGACAUCCUUUGACUCGCAACAUCCAUCUUGGGAAGGUUUAUAGGAUUAUGAACUUCAGGGUUGUUCCUAACAACACCAUUCGCUUCACAACACAUGAUUUCAGACUUAUAUUCCAUACUUGCACUCAAAUCGUGCAAUCAUUUGACGUCCGUAUUCCUCGACAUGGCUGGUCGUUUGUGAAUACUCCCUUUAUUGCGGCUAACAGGAACAAUAUUCAUCACUUGAUUGAUAUGGUAGGAGUUGUGACUGCUGCUUCAGAUGCCAAGAUGUUUAUCGUUGAAGGAAGAAUGCGCAAGAUGUUAGUUAUUCAGCUUCAGGAUUCAUGGGGUUAGAUUGCUUGUCUCUUAGUUGGGAAUGUAGUUGACAUACUUGCUGAAUACCUUGCUUCCAACUGGACUAGGAGGCCUUUCAUUGUACUACAGUUUGUGAGAGUCAGCAGUUUCAGAGACAAGGUCCUUAUCCAAAGCACACCUGUUGCGUCUAAGCUCCUAAUCGACCCAGACAUGCAGGAAAUUGCUUCUUUAACAGAGAGAAUGCGGAGGUUUGGAAUCAACUACCAUGGCCCUGUAGGGUACAUUCGAACCAGUGAACCAUCCAAUAUCAGAGAUGACAUGCUUGUCAACCAUCCCAAAAAGACUAUCACAGAAAUACUUGAAAUAAAUCUGGCAGGUGUAUUUGUUGUCCACGCUGUGAUCGUCGGAGUGAUUCGUGAUGAGUAUUGGUAUUACCCAUCGUGCCGCUGUUACACUGAACUCAGGUUCAAUGGUCAUAGAUAUGAUUGCCUCAAGUGCGGACGAUCAAUUGGCCAGAUGGUUAAUAGGUUCAGGCUUAGGCUCGAGGUCUUUGACGGUGUUGAAAGCGCCAUAUUCGUUUUACGUGACCCUCAUGCUGAGCAACUAACUGGAUUCACAUGUGAAGAGCUUCUUAACUCCAUUGCUUGUGAGAGGAAAGUAAUCCCUCCUGGUGACAUCCCAUCUGAAAUUGAAGAACAACUUGCUGGAAAAGAGUUAUUGUUUAAAGUUCGCAACAAGGUCGGUAUCAUGAUGGGAAGAGAUGAUUGUUUUGAGGUCAUGAACAUAUGCUCUGAUGCAGAAAUUAUUGAGAUGUUUCAUGGAGAUGAAGUUGUUGUCACACCAAACAAGAAUCUUUUCUUACCACCAUUCACCAAGUUUGAAGAUGCUGAAGAACAUAAGAAGAAUAUCAUAAACCAGAAUGCUGAAUCUUCUGGUUUAGGCACAAGGGAAUCACCUCUCAGAACAGGUCGCAACCUACGAAGGAAACUAUUGAUUGAUUUUUCUUCAGAUGAAGAAGAAGAAGACCCUAAAGAUAAGGCAUGUGAUGUUGAGAUGGUUUCCGAUGAAAAUUCUGCUGGAAUGGAAGUGGAUCAUGUUCCUCUUCGCCAGGAUUCUGAAACUGACAUCAGUCAGAUGGCACAGAAGAUCACUGGCAAUGUUCAUGAAGAAAAGACUACAAAUGUUUGCAAUGUUAGUGUUUCUGUGGUUGGAGGAUUGACUACCAGUUCUGAAUUGUUGGCUGCUGUAGAAGUUAACAACAAUAUGGUCUGUGAAGCUGUUGUCAAGUCUGAGGACAUCAACCAAGGUGAAACUGUUCAGGAAACUACUUUUAUGUUUGAUGCGAACAAAUCUUUGGAGAGUAAAGAUGAAGGUGCAGAUGCUAAUGAUCUUGAUUUCCAUGGUGAUGAGGCUGAAGGCAGUCAUGAUUCUGAGAUAAUUAUUAUCUCGGAUGAUGACAGUGCAGCAUGAAGUUCGCCACCACUGAAUAGAGGAAGGUGCAGGCUUUGUUAAGUCUGCAAUGGACUGCACGAUGUAGGUUGUCUUAUAUAGACAAGAGCCCCCACUUUUUGCUGUUUUUAAUAUCUUUAAUCUUUAUGUAGUUGGUAUUUGGUAUUUCUAUUAUCAGUAGGACUUUUUUGGUGUUGAAUUGGAAGUUGUCACUUUGCUUAUGGCAUAGUUACAUACUCCAAUUUAAUACUCCAAUUUAAUGCUGGUUCACAUAUGGAGCCCAUGUCCUAUUCCUUAGAAGUAUGCAGUAGGACUUUUUUGAUGUUGAAUUGGAAGUUGUCACUUUGCUUAUGGCAUAGUUACAUACUCCAAUUUAAUGCUGAUUCAUAUGUGGAACCCAUGUCCUAUUAAUUAGGAGUAUGCAGUAGGACUUUUUUGAUGUUGAAUUGGAAGUUGUCACUUUGCUUAUGGCAUAGUUACAUACUCCAAUUUAAUGCUGGUUCAUAUAUGGAACCCAUGUCCUAUUCCUUAGGAGUAUGCAGUUCUUUGUAUUGUACUUUGAAGCUCCCACUUGAUAGCAAUGUAUGUAUUAACUAAACUGCUCUAUAUAUCAUACUCCAUUCUAAAAAAAGUAUAGUGUUAAUCU